AUGGGCUGGAAUGGGCGCUCCCGGCCCCCAGCGCCACGGCCGCCCCAAGGAGGUGCAGCAGCUGCCCCGGUGCAGCACGUGUUCCCCGCCCCCGUGCCCUACGUGGAGGGGGCGACGGCUCCUACCCCCACGGCCAUCCGCUCGGGCUCGUUCCCGUUCCCGGAGCCCCCCCUGUUCGGGCAGAGCUCGGGGGGCUUCUACGAGGCCGGGGCUCGCAGGCCCCCGCGAGGCGCAGCCGUGCCCAUGUUCGUGGCGGGGAGGGGCGGGGGCCUGAUCCUGGGCGCUGCCCCCGCCCCGCCCCCGCGCCCCCAGGGCGGCGCCGGCACCCAGGACCCCGGGACCCCGGCCCCGCCCCCGCCGGCACCUACGUCAUCCAGGGGGCUACAUGAGGGCGGGCGCGGCCUACGCGCACACCACCCGCGCCUCCCCGCCACGGUGCAGUGGCUGCUGGACAACUACGAGACGGCGGAGGGGGUGAGCCUGCCCCGCAGCGCCCUGUACUGCCACUACCUGCUGCACUGCCAGGGCCACAAACUGGAGCCCGUCAACGCCGCCUCCUUCGGCAAACUCAUCCGCUCCGUCUUCAUGGGGCUGCGCACGCGCCGCCUCGGCACCAGGGGUAACUCCAAGUACCACUACUACGGGCUGCGCAUCAAGGCGGGGUCGCCGCUGCUGCGGCUCGUGGAGGACCAGCAGCACCUGGCCAUGCGCCAGCAGCCCUUCGCCCAGAAACAGCGGCUGAAGCCGGUGCAGAAAGUGGAGGGGGUCACUAAUGGGGUGUCGGCGGGCCCGGCCCCCGGCAUCCCCGACAUCAGUGCCCAGGUGCAGCAGUACCAGCAGUUCCUGGAUGCCUCCCGGACCCUGCCCGAGUUCCCCGAGCUGGACGUGCAGGGCAAGGGGGUCCCCGAGGGCGCGGGGGCCGAGGACCUGCGGGUGUUCCAGCAGCUCUACCGGGAGCACUGCGAGGCCAUCGUGGACGUGAUGAUCAACCUGCAGUUCUCGCUGGUGGAGACGCUCUGGAAGAGCUUCUGGCGCUGCAGUGGGGAGACAGAGGCGCAGGAGGAGGCCGAGCGGCGCCUGCCCCGGCGGCGGUUGCUGCUCCUGGCGCGGCACGAGCCCGUCCUGCGCUGGGUGCGCGACUGCGACCACUGCCUGUACCAGGGGCUGGUGGAGAUCCUGGUGCCCGACGUGCUGCGCCCCAUCCCCAGUGCCUUGACCCAGGCGAUCCGUAACUUCGCCAAGAGCCUGGAGAGCUGGUUGGGGAACGCCAUGGUCAGCGUGCCUGAGGAGAUGGUCCGGGUCAAGGCGGCGGCGGCCGGGGCGUUCGCGCAGACCCUGCGCAGGUACACGUCCCUCAACCACCUGGCCCAGGCGGCCAGGGCUGUGCUGCAGAACACGGCCCAGAUCAGCCAAAUGCUCAGCGACCUCAACAGGGUGGACUUUGCCAACGUGCAGGAGCAGGCAGCCUGGGUGUGCCGCUGCGAGGCGCGGGUGGUGCAGCGCCUGGAGCAGGAUUUCAAGGCCACGCUGGGCCAGCAGCACUCGCUGGAGCAAUGGGCGGCCUGGCUGGACGCCGUGGUGGGCCGGGUGCUGCGCCCCCACCUCGGCACCCCCGGGCUGCCCCGGGCGGCCAAGCUCUUCCUGCUCAAGUGGUCCUUCUACAGCUCGAUGGUGAUCCGGGACCUGACCCUGCGAAGCGCCGCCAGUUUCGGCUCCUUCCACCUGAUCCGGCUGCUGUACGACGAGUACAUGUACUACCUGGUGGAGCAGCGCGUGGCCCGGGCGCGGGGCACCUGUCCCAUCGCCGUCAUGGGCGAGUUUGCCAACCUGACGAGCUCCCUGAACUCGCUGGACCCCGACAAAGAUGAGGAGGAGGAGGAGGAGGAGGAGAGCGACGAGGAGCUGCCGGCAGAGCUGGGGCUGGGAGGGGCGAGGGCCGGCGCUGCCCCGGACCCUCUGGAGCCACCGCUGGAGCCCCUGGAGCCGCCCUGGAGCCCCCCGGCCAAACUGCCCCGCGCCGACUCCUCGCGGGCUCUUCUGCAGGCGCUGCCUCGAGCUGAGCCCCCCGGCCCCAGGGGACAAUGUGCCUUAGCGACGCCGGGACCUGCCAAACCCUCCCCCGCUGCCUUACGCCCCUCCCCCGCAUGA